CACAGAGAGCUCCAAAUUGUGAAACCAAUUUUGAAGAAGGCGUCAUUUACAGGAUGCAGAGACAACAGCAUGAUGUGAAUUUGUUGUGGAGAUGGUGUUAGAGGUGCAGCACAUUUGGUGGAGGUGAUCGUCAAGGAAAACAAGGCGCGGUGCAGAAUCUGAGCCACUUCACAGCUGAAGGGUCAAAACAGAUCCUCACCCUUCAGGUCCCUGUGAGAAGCAUCAAGAGCUUCAAUGUAUAUUUGCUGAUUACAUCUUCUGAAGUGGAAGAAAAAAUGCAAAUAAUAAAUGUAUGAGCAACGUGCUUGUUUUUUUGCUUGAUUAAUUAUGCCGUUUAAUUCCAGAUCCACCACGCUGCUUCACCGUAUAAUUUCCCAGUGGUCUUUGCUGUUUCUUCUCUCGCAUGCACUCUCUCUCCCCCCCCUUUUUUUUUCCUUAUUGCAAAAUGAAUCAUGGAUCCAGCCGUCUGUACCCCGGGGAAAGCGGCAAGCUGGUGAAUGGGCUGACCAAUCUUGAAGCAUCGGAGGCAGACGGAGUGGAGCCUUUUGUUGUGCACAGCGCUCAUCAAGUUAGAAGACAAAUACCGAUUUGGCCUGGAGAAAAUAAAAGAUUGAGUGCAAGGGCACAAGAUAACCUACUUCAUCCUUGUUUGCUGGCAAAAACGGUGUUUAUCUGAGUGGGUGGCAAGAGUUUUAGUGCCAUUCAUGAUGUCAACUGGGACCCUGACUGCUCCUCUAUUCCCAGCCUGGAUGACGGUCUCUCAGCCUCUUGACAAUUCCAGGACUGAGUCUUUCACAACCAGAGCCAACCAGAGCCGCCGUUAGCAGCGCAGACCGCACGCCAUGGCGACCAUGCCGUUUGUCAGCGAGGGGAAAUGUGUGAGCGUAGAGUGGGAUUUCCUACAAGGACUACUUGCCAAACCUCCCACUUUACCCUGUCUCCAGAACUUGCGUAAAGAAAAAUCUCGGAAUGCAGCUCGUUCUCGGCGAGGGAAGGAGAAUUUUGAGUUCUUCGAGCUGGCCAAAAUGCUUCCACUGCCUGGGGCAAUCACAAGCCAGCUGGACAAGGCGUCAGUCAUCCGGCUGACUAUCAGCUACUUGCACAUGCGCACCUUUGCCAGUCAGGGAGACCCGCCGUGGAGCCCUCUACUGGAGGGCGACAACAACUGCAACAAAGUCAGACGAUCAUCUCACUCUCUGGCUACUGACAUGUUUGAGCAGCACCUGGGAGCUCACCUCCUGCAGUCUCUAGAUGGCUUUGUGUUUGUGGUCAGCCAGGAGGGACGCUUCCUCUACAUCUCAGAGACAGUUUCUAUCUACCUGGGGCUCUCACAGGUGGAGCUGACAGGAAGCAGCGUGUUUGACUACAUCCACCCGGCGGACCAUGUCGAGAUGGCCGAGCGGCUGGGAAUCAGGCCACACCUGCGGGCUGAGGCUGGCUGCCACACGGCCCCCGAGAGCGCCUCCAGCUCGGCGUCCACCUCCUCCCUUGCCGGUACCCCAGAGCCUGCUCCAUCCAGUCCGCACUCCUCUGCGGACGAUCCUCCAGAACGAGGGUUCUUCAUUCGCAUGAAGUCCACGCUCACCAAACGAGGCCUGCACGUCAAGUCUUCUGGGUACAAAGUGAUCCACGUGACGGGGCGAAUCCGCUGCCGCCCUGCUCUGGUCCCGGGCUCCGCGCACUCAGUCCGCCGUCCCAUGGGCUUGGUUGCACUGGCACACACGCUCCCACCCUCCACCCUGAAUGAAGUCCGCAUGGAGAGUCACAUGUUUGUCUUCCGAGUGAACAUGGACCUUCAGGUCACAUACUGUGAGAACAGAAUCUCAGAGUACAUGGAUCUGACCCCUGCAGAGGUGGUGGGACACACCUGUUACCAUUUCAUCCACGUAGAAGAUCUGGAAAACUUCAGACAGAGCCAUGAGGAUUUACUAAGGAAAGGCCAGGUGGUGACUGGAUACUAUCGUUGGCUGCAGAGGAGAGGAGGCUACCUGUGGAUCCAGUCCACCGCAACCGUCUCCAUCAACCACAAAGCCCCACAUGAGCGCAACGUCAUCUGGGUUAACUACGUCCUGAGUCGGACGGAGCUGCCUGACACUCCGGUGGAUCUGCUGCAGCUGCCUGAAAGCAUACGAGCCGAGCGGCUGCAAGUCAGCCCGUCCCCGACUGACAGCUCCCCACAGGCUCGAGGUGCCAAACCAGCGAAGAGCUCAGUGGGGAAGAGCUCUGACACUAAAGGCAGAGAGAAGUUCUCCACCGCUGCCAUCCAGACUGAGGACAGAAGGAAGCGCCUGCUGAGGUCUGACCCCGAAGGUGCCCCUCCCGAAAGCCGUCGCCGACUGGAAGAGCUGCGACACACAGAGGAGGUCAUAUCAGCCUCCUCAGACCUGGCAACAGAAAGUGAGGGCGAGGAGGAAGAGGAGACAGAGUGGGAUGAAGGGGGAGACAGCGACAGGUUGAAACAGGAAGACAGCGGAGGAGGAGGCAAGCAGGGCAGAGGAGGGGACACCCCGGCAAUAGGAGAGAGGGGUGGGAUGGUGCACAACGGGAGGGCUGUGAUCCAGCAGCUGAAGAGUGUGGUGGCCCCCACUCCUUUGGCCGGAAACCCCAGCAUCAAGACUGAACAUGAAGCCCUGGCCAGUGGAGGGCACUGGGGGUCGCACACACAGACCACCAGCUCACACACACACAACUCCCACCCCCAGACAGCACAUACACAAACUCCUUCCAACGGCCUGAACGGCGACAGCCCCACCACUCCCAUCCCAGAUUCGUCUUCCAGCAGUGAAGCCCCGCCCAAAGGCCUGUUCACCCCUCCCUCCCCCGCCCUGUCUCCUGCGAUGUCUGUGUCCUCCCCCCUGCCGCGCGAGGAGAGGGCAUCGGCAGGGGUGGUCAGUCGCAGCGGCGGCAACGGCGGCGCAGGGAACGGCCCCGACUUUGAGCUGCUCCAGAGACUGGCUGCAGGGGGGGCGGCAGGGCGGGUCCUCUUCCACCCCCUCGCCCUCGGCCCGCAGGGCCCACAGAGCCUGUAUGCUCCGAGCACUAUCCGCUACGCUCCGCCAGAGCUACCACCCUCCCACCACCACAGUGCAGGACACAGUGAUGGCCUGCAGCUACGCUCGGACCACCACAAGGGACCCCCACCUGCCUUUUUCCCCCACCUACAGCGGCUGGCUGGACUGCCACCCUUCAGUGGUUUCUCCCCGUCUGACAGCCCUUUCUCCUCCGGCUUGCCUUUCUGUAUGAAUGGACUGAGGGGGGCUGCAGGCACGGAGGAGGACUGAAUCUCAAGGGGGAGGGAAAAGAAGAGAAUAGGAAUAAAUAAGUGUGCAGUGACAGGAUGGAUAGAGAGACGCAGAAAAGGGUGAGAAUUACAGCACUGGCAGGACACUGAGCCUCGGAGGACUUUACUAAUUUGACAAUGAGUCGAACAACUGCAAUUUAUAGAAAAUGACAAGAUGCUGCCAUUCAAAUUUACUGUGGACAAGUGACAGCGACUCCUGGAGAAAAACGGGAAUUCCUGACGGGCUGUCCCUCAAGACUCUCCAUCGUCACAACAAUAACAAACUCUGCUCUGUGUCUUUACACGUUUGUGUUGAUUUCUGUGUUUCUUCCGCUCAGAGAAGCCAUAUUGUAAAUAGAGACAAAACCAUGAAGACCCUCAGCUCAGACAUGCAUCACUUACUCCAAUUAACCCAAUUAACCCCUUGGCCAGUCAGACGGGGGUUGGGGUGGGGGGGGGGGGGGACGACACUUGUUAGGAUUAAAAAAUAGAUUUUAUCAUAGCAGUUUUACACUGCACCCUGGGCGCCAGGAGAGAGUUUGAUUGUCGGGUUUACACGUUGUGUAACAACUCAUCAUGGAGUGUUGAUCAGUCAGCCAUACUUAAAGCACACUGUUGGGACAAAACUCUGAGAAGUGGAGUCCCAAACAUUCCAGUAUAUAUAAGGGAAUAAAAUGCAAUGAAAACAUAAUGUUAUUUUUUUUGUUUGAUCAUGGAAAGUUCAUUUGUUUUAAAUAAGUGUUAAUUAUAGUAUAUACUUUAUGAUGCUGCAGCUGUGUUUGUGCAUGAAAGCCAUAUUAUUGCUUUUAAUUUGAAGUUUUGGAUGUUGUUGUUUUUUUUUCAUUUCAAAUGCAAAAAUGAAGGUUUAUAAUUUUGUCUCAACAGACAAAAAGGUCGUUAUCACCAUACUAUUUUAUAUUUCUGACACGUAUUUGAGAAAGGGGGCUGGACAGAAGAGGUUUUGUCACCUGGACCUCUGAUUUUUUUCUGAGCACUUAAACUGGUUCGGCUGUGGACUUUAAAGCACUUCACGACUCAGACGUAUGAUCCUGAUGUGGUCAUAAAUAAUGUAGCCUGGUCACUGUGCAGUGGGGGGGGGGGUCUUAUUCAUGGAUAAGUCAAUAAACAGACGUGUCGUCAUUAAAAUAUGACCAUUUACGGUCAAUAAAACCAAUGAAUUAUUCUAAAGCAGAACUUUUCCGUUGACAGGAAGUUAAAUUUCAAAAUAAGAGUGGAUGUUUAAAACACUUUAAAUUUGUCUUUCACACCGAUUGAUCAGAAUUCUACUCAGGACUAAGAAAAUAAGAUGUUUUUCUACAGGUAACCUAAAACUAUUCACCCCCAAACACAGUAUUAAAAGUCUGAGCUUGUCAAUAUUUUUCAAUAAAAUGCAGCCAGACAAGCAGAGAACUUAGUAAGUUUAAAAGUUUUUUUUUUUAGCACUUUUGAAUGAAGUCUUUUAAAAUGAUCUAUCAAACAUGUCAAGUCAUGUAAUCUGUUGAUGUUACUAGCACUUAUGUUUCUUCCUCCAAAUUCAGAUUGUUGUUGACAGUGUAAUCUGCAGUUCCCGUGGAAACCUUAUGUUCACGUCCUGAUGUCUGACAGGAAAAAAAAGACGGUGAAAAAGAGCUGUCCAGACCGGGUGUGUGAAACGCACCCGUGCUGUCUUAUACAAGGAGUGGGGGAGUGUGUGAGCAAACGCGCGCACACACACACGCAAACACUCUGCUGUUUACUGGCAUAAAAUGUGAGUGUGAAUGCCUGAAUGUGUGUCUGCUUGUCUUUUUACUUUGGAUUUGGUUGUUGUCGUUGUUGUCGUUGUUGAAUAAAACAGCUAACCUUUCGCCCAUCACUGUGAAUCUAACAUGAUCCAGCCAUCUUUGUAAAUACUUCACCCAGACAUGGAAUAAAAAUGAACAAAUGUAAAAAAAAAAAAAAAAAAAA